GGUGAAGCGGUCCCAACCGGUUUGCCCAGGCUGGGUACCCACACUUGCUGGGGUCCCAAGAAGCGCCCCUACUCGGGGCAGUCAGAGUUGGGCUCGGGACGAAGCAGCCGCCGUCUGCCCAGCGCCGGGCUAGGAGCGACCCCAGACGGAGCCUCCGAAGUCCCUCCGCCCCACAGCUUCGGCCGUCUCCACCGCCGUCCUCGUGGCCAUGGAGUGUCCGCACCUCAGCUCCAGCGUCUGCAUUGCCCCGGACUCAGCCAAGUUCCCCAACGGCUCCCCGUCGUCCUGGUGCUGCAGCGUGUGCAGGUCCAACAAAAGCCCCUGGGUCUGUUUGACUUGUUCAAGUGUCCACUGUGGAAGGUAUGUGAACGGCCAUGCAAAAAAACAUUAUGAAGAUGCACAGAUACCCUUACCCAACCAUAAGAGAUCUGAAAAGCAAGAGAAAGCUCAGCAUACAGUGUGUAUGGAUUGCAGUAGCUACAGCACAUACUGUUAUCGUUGUGAUGAUUUCGUGGUCAAUGACACCAAGCUGGGCCUGGUGCAGAAAGUGAGAGAACACUUACAGAACUUGGAAAACUCGGCUUUUACAGCUGACAGGCAUAGAAAAAGAAAAUUAUUGGAAAACUCAUCACUAAACAGCAAGUUAUUAAAAGUAAAUGGAAGUACGACUGCCAUUUGUGCCACAGGCCUUCGGAAUUUGGGCAACACGUGUUUCAUGAAUGCUAUCCUUCAGUCACUCAGUAACAUUGAGCAGUUUUGCUGUUAUUUCAAAGAACUGCCUGCUGUGGAAUUAAGGAAUGGAAAGACAGCGGGAAGACGAACAUACCAUACCAGGAGCCAAGGGGACAGCAAUGUGUCUCUGGUAGAAGAGUUUAGGAAGACACUGUGUGCUUUAUGGCAAGGCAGCCAGACUGCAUUUAGUCCUGAGUCCUUGUUCUAUGUUGUUUGGAAGAUCAUGCCUAACUUCAGGGGUUAUCAGCAGCAAGAUGCACACGAAUUCAUGCGCUACCUUUUGGAUCACCUACACUUGGAACUUCAGGGUGGCUUCAAUGGUGUUCCCCGAUCAGCGAUUCUACAGGAGAAUUCUACUCUGUCUGCAAAUAACAAAUGCUGCAUAAAUGGAGCAUCAACUGUUGUCACAGCAAUUUUCGGAGGAAUUCUCCAGAAUGAGGUCAACUGCCUCAUAUGUGGGACAGAGUCGAGGAAGUUUGAUCCAUUCCUAGAUCUCUCCUUAGAUAUUCCAAGUCAGUUCAGAAGCAAGCGCUCUAAGAACCAGGAAAGCGGGCCUGUUUGCUCAUUACGAGAUUGUCUCCGAAGCUUCACUGACCUAGAGGAACUUGACGAGACAGAGUUGUAUAUGUGCCACAAGUGCAAGAAGAAGCAAAAGUCCACAAAGAAGUUUUGGAUUCAAAAACUUCCCAAGGUGCUGUGCUUGCACUUGAAAAGGUUUCACUGGACAGCAUAUUUAAGAAACAAAGUUGAUACGUACGUAGAAUUCCCGCUGAGAGGCCUGGACAUGAAGUGCUACCUACUAGAGCCAGAGAACAGUGGCCCAGAGAGUUGCCUGUAUGACCUCGCUGCGGUGGUGGUGCACCAUGGCUCUGGGGUCGGUUCUGGACAUUACACGGCAUAUGCAGCUCAUGAAGGCCGCUGGUUCCAUUUCAAUGACAGUACUGUAACAGUGACCGAUGAGGAGACCGUUGGGAAGGCAAAGGCCUACAUUCUAUUCUAUGUGGAGCGUCAGGCCAGAGCUGGGUCAGAUAAACUUUAAUACCUCCUCUGAUCACGAUUCAUAAACUAUACCGGACAAACAUUUCCAAUUUUCCAUAAAUACUUGAUCCAAGAGUUAAUUUCGUUAUGCACUUUUCAAUUUCCAGUUUGGGGUUUAGUUUGGUCAAUGGUAGUGACUUACUCAAUAUGGGCACCAACUAAUUUUUGUUGUUGUUCUACCAGAAAACCUCAGCAGGCAUCUUGAUUGGCUGCUUUAGUUGUAAUAACUCGAGUUUUAUAUGUAGUUUCCAGGACUUAGUUCUGUUUGGCUUUUUAUAUGAAUGUUUUCAGUUCUCACCAAGGCACAUGUGCUCUGUCCUUACAUGCUGAGAGCCACCCUACCUGCUGCCUUUCACAGUGGCUGGGUCGUGUACGCAGGACCUGUGGCUCACGGUCUCACAGUGACUGCUCAGGAAUGCCCUCUGACCGCAGGCGGCAGCUGAAGGUCACAGACCAGGCCGUCACCGCUGCCUGUGUCUCGGGGCUGUUGUUUCUCAGCAUUAAAUAAAUCUGUCAGUUCUGUUGCAUCUGUGCUGAAGUCCCAGAAUUGCUCUCUUUCUGUUCUACUCUUAGUAUUUUCCUGGAGCAGAAAGGCUAGGAACGGCUACCUGGUAGAGGUACAUCCCGUCCCAUGAGGCGGAUUCUGGGUGCUCAUCAGAGGUGAGGUGUUAGCCUCCAGAGUUGACAGUCACCUGACUUCAAGUGUUGCUGUAGCACCCUUUCCAGACAGAAGUGGCGUCAUCUUUAGUCUGGUUUUUUUUUUUUGCUCCCUGCCUGAUAGCAGAGCCAGGAGAAAGUAUUUUUGUCUCUGAACAAGAAUAUUUUCUAUUCUUGAAUUCAGUUGCUUAAAAAAAAAUACUGUUUACAAAAAUAGAUGGAAGCACUAUUUGGAUUCAACCAAAAUGGGAGUUUGGCCCAUUUAAAGAAGGCAGCUAAUGACAAGUGCUGGAGGCCAGUGAUUGAGGGUGGAGGAAAUGCAACCUGCAGGUCAGAGUCUAGAACUCCCAACAUGGCUUGUUCCACGUUCACUCCCAGAAGGGACAAAGUGCACUUCAUGCAGACAUCCUAGCACUCUUAUUUUUUCUAGUUAAAGAAAAGUUUGGUAGCUUUCCUUGGUUAGUGUGAAGUUGAUGGCGCAGACAUGGCCCGAUUCCACUUUAAUAUCAGCUGGAUAAAUCCUGAAUUUCCUCAGAGCAGAAAUGACAUAGAUCAGCAUUUCAAUAUAAACCUAAUUGGAACCCGUCAGGACAGUGGCCACAUGUGGGAAAUUGGAAAUACAUUCCUCAGUCACAGUAGUCAUGUUCCCAGUGCUGGAUAUAAGACAGUGCAGUCUAGUGCAUUUCCACAGGAUAUGGCUCUCUUGCACAGCACUGGUUUAAACUAUCAUGCAGAAAAGGCUAUGGCACCAUCGUGUUAAAGCGGGCAGACCUUGAGGAGCUGUGCGGAGUUACGAGAUAGAGGCACAUGCAGUUCUGUUAUUCUGGUUUGAUCCACAGACUGAGGGUCACUUGACUUGCUCUAAUAUAUUUGAACCUUGAUUAACACAGCUAAAGCCUGAAUGUGAGUCUCAUUUGACGUUACACAAGCUCUUGCAAAUCCAGGCUCUUCUUAGAAGGGAGACUCUAGACUCAGCAGUGGCAUUUAUGUCUUGACCUCUCAAUGGGAAACUUCAAUGACUUCCAAAGACUCAGAUGAAACUGACACUGUCCAUCAGGUGGAGCACAUGGCAGAUUGACUGCUCUGUUGAGGAGGUGAUGGGCACGACAGGCGACACUGUUGGCAUACAAGGGGAAGGCAUCCUCUCUGGGAAUUUUUGUAGUGGUUUUGUUGAUUGAUUUCACUUAAGCAACAGUGAGUGACCGAAUGAAGAUUCUUUGAGAAAGUGGCUGCUUCCAUUGCGUUCUACAUCUGAACAUCCAUGAUGUAAAUAUGCCUGUCUGUAUUUUAAUUGUAGCCUUAUUUACCUGUUGGGAGCUCAUCUUUCUGUGCUGCUUAAGACUUUCCCAUGUCAUGCAUUCUAGGCCGCAUGCAGCUUUUUGUUCAGACCUUGUGCUGAGGCAGGGCCUCACACGUACCCUGUCCCAUCAGCCCCUGGGAACAGGAAACUCCAAGUCCUCCCACACAGGUGGGGAUACAAACAGUUUGUGGCAACACAAGUCUCUCUCCAUGGUGGAGAAACCUAUGCUUAUCCACUGUAUUCUACUCAGUGUGUAGUGAUGACAGAUGAUACAAUUAAACCAGUCACAUGUG